GAAACCGUUUCUUUGUCCGGAUGGGCUGCUUUCAUUGGUUUUCUUUUCUUUUUUUUUUUUUGGUUUCUUUUCUUCCAGGAUUUCUUGAAAGAAUCAAUCAGAGGUAUGCCCUCAACAAUAGCACUGUUUUGUUUCCUGUGGCCAACCAAGAAGCCACGCAGAAGGGCAGAAGAGCAGAAGAGGGACAGACCCUGUACCAUGAUUUCCAUUCUUUGAGCGUUCCCUAUUUGAUCUCAGUUGCUCCUGAUGAGUGUAUGUCAUAUAAAAGAUGUCAGGUUCGCAGCGAUUUGUUCGUUCAUCUAGGGUUCAACCGCAGCUCUCUACUUGAUCUAUCUGACUCUCGAUUACAACCGGCCCCCGCUGCAAGAUGCCUCCACGCGAAGAAGUACAAUGGACCCCGGGAUCAACGGUGAGUCAACUAAAGCGAUCCAAAGCUAUAAGCCAUCGUCAAGGGAAUCCACUGAUCGCAAGCCUUCAGAAAGAGCUAUUAUCCUAUAGUUGUGACGACGAUGACGAAGAAGGUGACAACGACAAUGAGGAGAAGAGGAAGGUCCACCGAUUACCCAAAGUGCUCACGGGGUGCAUGAAGAGUGGCAUGUCCACCUGUGAGAUCGGGGAGUAUGUGCAUGGAAUUGCCUGCAGAUGUGAACCUACUCUGACUACCUCUACUACGACGACAUCUACAUCUGUGUCUGUGUCUGUCUCUGACGCAUCGGAUUCGGAUUCCCUGCGCAGGAUUGUGAGGAGAAUGAUCGACGCCCGCAGCUCGUACCAGGAGAUAGGGUAUAAAGUGUUGAAGAUACUAGACCUUCGCAAGAGGAUUAGAGCUCCUUCUGUUGAUGGAAAUAGAGGAUCGGGUAGACAUAGACCAGGGAGUGAGAUCCAGAGACAUCAGAUGAGGGGUGAGUUUGCGAAAGAAGAGGAGGAGGAGGAGGAGGAUGAUGAUGAUGAUGAGGAGGAGGAAGGGUAUAUGAUUGGAGUGGCACAGGUAGUGAUGAUUUCUGUCCAUCAAGCCAAAGCUGUGAAGAUUCGAUAAAAACUCUUGCCCGGGUGGUAAUGCAGGUACCGUCCAAUACCAGAUGCAAUAAUACAUAAACCACAAUCUCCCGCCUAAUCAUUGGCCCACAACUAUGGUCGGAACCAGGGACCGUAUUACUCGUACAAAACCAAGACCAAACGAUGACAUAC